AUGGGGCCCAAAGAGCAAGAGCCGCGCUCUUCAUCCUCGCCCUCCAACGCCGCCUCGUGCGUCCACUCACCCGGCGCAGGGGAAUGGGAGCGUCCCGCUGACACCACGGAGCGACACACGCUGAGACCGAGCAUGGCUGUGGACGGACAAUACAAAGUGAGUGCUUAUCGGUGUUUGUUGUUUCUCUCUCCCCCCUCUCUCUCCCUCUCAGCGGCCUCCAGCUUCAGUUUCUGCCGCGCUUCCCUUGAGCACACGGUGUCGGCUGAGGAGUUGAGCUACCAGCUGCCGCGUCGCGCCGGAGGAGGAAGCAACCUGACGUGGCACGACGGCCGCGGCCAGAGGACCACGGGGCACACGCGCACCGUCAAGCUGCUGCAGCAGCCCGGCACAGAGGGCAUCCAGCUGCGCCCGGGCGAAGCCUUCACCGUGUACCACACCAGCCCGACUCUGUCCAGCCUGUCCAAACCCGUGGUGCUGUGGACUCAGCAGGACGUCUGCAAGUGGCUGAAGAAGCACUGUCCUCACAACUACCUGACCUACGUCGAGGCCUUCUCCCAUCACGCCAUCACAGGUCGGGCGCUGCUGCGUCUGAACGGGGAGAAGCUGGAGAGGAUGGGCAUCGUCCAGGAGACGCUGAGGCAGGAGGUCCUCCAACAAGUCCUCCAGCUGCAGGUCCGAGAGGAGGUGCGCAACCUGCAGCUCCUCAGUCGAACCUCUUUUGGAAACUUCUCCUAG